UGCGACAGUCCAGGAGAGAGCGCAUGCGUGCCAGCCAUUUUGGAAACAACAAAAUAUGUCGCGUUACUCGAGGCCACCAAAUUCGUCGCUCUAUGUCCGAAAUGUGCCAGAUCAAACGAGGCCAGAAGAGCUAAGAUCGAUGUUUGGGAAGUAUGGACCACUCUCGGAUGUUUACGUACCACUAGAUUACUACACAAGAAGACCAAGAGGAUUUGCAUAUAUUCAAUUUGAAGAUCCACGAGAUGCUGACGAUGCCCUGUAUCAUUUGGACAGAACUAGAUUCUUUGGAAGAGAGUUGGAGAUCGAAUUUGCCAGAGGAGAUCGAAAAACACCAAAUCAAAUGAGGGGGAAGGAAAGGUCAUCUAGAAGGUCACCAUACAGAAGUCGCCAUGACGACAGAAGACGAAGAUCAUACAGCAGAAGUCCAAGACGUCGAUCAAGAUCAAGAAGCUAUGACAGAAGGCACCGCUCCAGGUCACGAAGUUAUGACAGGAGGAAAUCACGUUCCAGGAGCUAUGAGAAGAAACGAUCAAGGAGCCGAGGUCGCCGUUCAUACACACGUUCUAGAAGCAGGUCACGAUCUAACAGGUCAAGGUCGUACAGCCGUUCUCGUUCAAGGUCAGGAGGUCAUGGCGAUGAAAGAGAAGCAAGAAGUCGAAGUAGAACGCCACAAAAAGAUUAGAAAGAUUGUUAUCUGUCGUUUAAAAAGUCUUCUGAACAAAAAUAACAAUUUCUCUAGUACCUUACAUCUGUUCCUUGAUAUUAAUUAUGCUGAAAAGACGAAAAAGGAAAGUUUUGUGGUAGUGAAUAAUAUAU